AUGGAUCAACAAUUUCUAAGUCAACUUGAACAAACGUUGCACGCUAUCACUUCUGGUGUAGGCUUGAAAGAAGCUACAAAAUCUUUGCAAACUCAAUUUUAUACCCAACCUACAACUUUGCCGGCUUUGAUUCACAUUUUACAGAACGGCUCCGAUGAUUCGUUGAAACAAUUAGCUGGUGUUGAAGCUAGAAAGUUAGUUUCCAAGCACUGGAACGCCAUUGAUGAAUCCACUAGAGCCUCCAUCAAAACGUCUCUUUUACAAACUGCCUUUAGUGAGCCAAAAGAAAAUGUUCGUCAUUCCAACGCUCGAGUAAUCGCUUCCAUUGGUACUGAAGAAUUAGAUGGUAACAAAUGGCCAGAUCUAGUCCCCAGCUUGAUUCAAGCUGCUUCUGGUGAAGAUGUUCAAACAAGACAAACUGCCAUUUUCAUCUUGUUUUCUCUGUUGGAAGAUUUCACCUCUUCCCUAUCUGGAUACAUUGAUGACUUCUUGACAUUGUUCUCUCAGACUAUCAACGAUCCUGCUUCUUUAGAAAUUAGAUCAUUAUCUGCCCAAGCUUUGAACCACGUUUCUGCUUUGAUUGAAGAACAAGAAACUAUCAACCCUGUCCAAGCCCAAAAAUUCGCGGCUUCAAUUCCAUCUGUGGUUAACGUUUUAGAUGCAGUCAUCAAGGCCGAUGACACCUUGAACGCUAAACUAAUUUUUAAUUGUUUGAACGAUUUUCUGCUAUUAGACUCUCAAUUAACGGGUAACUUUAUUAUUGAUUUGAUCAAACUAUCUUUACAAAUUGCCAUCAACACUGAGAUUGAUGAAGAUGUUAGAGUUUUUGCUCUUCAAUUCAUCAUUUCUUCAUUGUCUUAUAGAAAAUCGAAGGUUUCUCAAAGCAAAUUGGGUCCAGAGAUUACAGUGGCUGCUUUAAAGGUUGCUUGCGAAGAAAUUGAUGUUGAUGAUGAAUUAAACAACGAAGAUGAAACAGGUGAAAAUGAGGAAAAUACCCCCUCUUCUUCUGCUAUUAGACUUUUAGCUUUUGCCUCCUCUGAACUGCCACCAUCUCAGGUUGCUUCCGUUAUUGUUGAACACAUUCCAGCUAUGUUGCAAUCGGCAAAUGUUUUUGAGAGAAGGGCAAUUCUUUUAGCCAUUUCUGUUGCUGUGACUGGUUCUCCAGACUAUAUUUUGUCUCAAUUCGACAAAAUUAUCCCCGCCACUAUAAACGGUUUGAAGGAUACUGAACCAAUUGUUAAAUUGGCUGCUUUGAAAUGUAUCCAUCAAUUAACUACUGACCUACAGGAUGAAGUCGCCAAAUUCCAUGAAGAAUACCUACCAUUGAUCAUCGAUAUUAUUGAUUCUGCUAAAAACAUUGUCAUUUACAACUAUGCCACUGUUGCUUUAGACGGUCUGCUUGAAUUCAUUGCUUAUGAUGCUAUCGCUAAAUAUUUGGAUCCAUUGAUGAACAAACUGUUCUAUAUGUUAGAAAGUAAUGAAUCAUCCAAGUUGAGAUGCGCUGUUGUUUCUGCAAUUGGUUCUGCUGCUUUUGCAGCAGGUUCUGCGUUCAUUCCAUACUUCAAGACUAGUGUUCACUAUUUGGAAAAAUUCAUCCAAAACUGUUCUCAGAUUGAAGGUAUGAGCGAAGACGAUAUUGAAUUAAGAGCCAACACUUUCGAAAAUAUUUCUACUAUGGCCAGAGCCGUCAGAUCGGAUGCCUUUGCCGAAUUUGCCGAACCCUUAGUUAAUUCUGCUUAUGAGGCCAUCAAGACAGAUUCUGCUAGAUUGAGAGAAUCUGGUUAUGCGUUCAUUGCAAACUUGGCUAAAGUUUACGGUGAGAAUUUUGCUCCUUUCUUAAAAACCAUUUUACCAGAAAUUUUCAAGACAUUAGAAUUAGACGAAUAUCAAUUCAACUUCGAUGGUGACGCAGAGGAUUUGGCUGCUUUUGCUGAUUCUGCCAAUGAAGAAGAACUACAGAACAAAUUCACAGUCAACACUGGUAUUUCCUAUGAAAAGGAAGUUGCUUCCGCUGCUCUAUCUGAAUUAGCAUUGGGCACAAAGGAGCAUUUUUUGCCAUAUGUUGAACAAUCCUUAAAAGUUUUGAACGAACAAGUCGAUGAGUCUUACGGUUUAAGAGAAACUGCUUUAAACACUAUCUGGAAUGUCGUUAAGUCUGUCCUGUUGGCUUCCAAAAUAGAACCAGAAAGCUAUCCAAAAGGUAUCCCAGCUUCUUCCUACGUAAAUGCUGAUGUUUUAGCGGUUAUUCAAGCUGCCAGGGAAACUUCCAUGGGUAAUUUAAGUGAUGAAUUUGAAACCUCAAUGGUCAUUACCGUUAUGGAAGAUUUUGCCAAUAUGAUCAAGCAAUUUGGUGCAAUCAUUAUCAUGGAUAGCGGCGACUCUUCCAUGCUAGAAGCUUUGUGUUUACAAGUUCUAAGUGUCUUGAAAGGUACUCAUACUUGUCAAACCAUUGAUAUCGAAGAGGACGUUCCAAGGGAUGAAGAAUUAGACGCUUCUGAAACUGAAGCCACUUUACAAGAUGUUGCAUUGGAAGUUCUUGUCAGUUUAUCUCAAGCUUUAGCUGGCGAUUUUGCCAAGGUCUUUGAUAAUUUUAGACCGGUUGUUUUCGGAUUAUUCCAAUCUAAAUCCAAGAAUAAGAGAUCAUCUGCCGUUGGCGCCGCUUCCGAAUUAGCUUUAGGUAUGAAGGAACAAAAUCCUUUCGUUCAUGAAAUGCUAGAAGCUUUAGUCAUCAGAUUAACAAGCGAUAAAUCUUUAGAAGUUAGAGGUAACGCUGCUUACGGUGUUGGUUUAUUGUGUGAAUAUGCAUCUAUGGACAUAUCAGCCAUUUAUGAGCCCGUUUUGAAGGCGCUUUACGAGUUAUUAAGCGCUGCUGACCAAAAGGCUUUGGCAGCCGAAGAUGACGAAGCCACCAGAGAGAUUAUUGAUAGAGCCUACGCUAAUGCUAGCGGAUGUGUGGCCAGAAUGGCUUUAAAGAACAGUGCUCUAGUCCCAUUGGAACAAACAGUUCCAGCAUUAUUAGCACAUUUGCCACUGCACACCGGCUUUGAAGAAUAUAACCCAAUUUUCGAAUUGAUCAUGAAAUUAUAUCAGGAAAAUAGUCCUGUUGUCACAAACGAAACCCCAAGGAUCAUCGAGAUUUUCAGCGCUGUGUUUACCAAAGAAAAUGAUAGAAUCAAAUUAGAAAAGGAGUCUACUUUAGGUAGGGAAGAGAAUAUGGAAAGAUUAAAGCAAUUCCAAACUGAAGAGAUGAAGCAUAAGGUUAUUGAAUUAUUGAAGUAUCUAAACACUACUUACAACGGAAUCGUUGCCCAGAACCCAGUUUUAGCUGCCGUCAUUGCUUGA